GUGUACUGAAAGAUGGUGAUAAAUGGUAUAUUAUUGCUAUUUUGUGGGUUGUUUUAUUUUUAUUAUUUUACGUUGUUUAUGUUUUAUAUCUCAGAUCCACAAAAUUCAUAUGCUGGUAGAUUUUUGGGGUUUUCGUUAUACGUAUCAAACACAACCGAGAGAACACAAGGUCAUCUGUGUGCCCCUGACAAAAACUACACCAGAGACACCAUACCCGCCGUCCUCAAAGUCACCUGUCCAGUUCACGGACAAUACGUCAUUUACUACAACGAAAGGCUAUCAGGAAUUACCUACCCUGCUGGUUAUAGUACCUACGCAUAUAAUGGUGUCUGUGAGGUAGAAGUAUACGGCUGUCCUAUACCCGGUUACUAUGGACCUGACUGUUCUACCCCUUGUCCCGAUACCUGUCGCUACUGUCACAUAGAGACUGGAGCCUGUCUGGGAUGUAAACCUGGAUAUCAGGGACAUCAGUGUGAACUACUUUGCAGCCAUCAGUACUAUGGAGAACUAUGUAGGGAGACCUGUGGUAACUGUAGUGACGGGGUGACGUGUAACAAUGUAGACGGAACGUGUACAAACGGAUGUGACGUCGGUGUCUAUGGAGAUAAAUGCAAAACACCUUGUCCUGUUGGAUGGCAUGGGGAAAACUGCUCACUGCCGUGCGGAAGUUGUGACACGUGUGACAUAUUUACAGGACAAUGUACAUCUCCCUGUUACCAGGGCUGGAAAGGACAACAAUGUAUUGGUGAAUGUGACCAGAGGAGAUAUGGACUUGGUUGUAUAUAUGAAUGUGGAGCUUGUCUAGAAUACAUACAAUGUCACCACAUAAAUGGAUCAUGCCUCCAGGGAUGUGAUUUCGGUUUUCAAGGAGAAUUGUGUAAAACUGCAUGUCCAGUUGGUUUUUAUGGAACGAAUUGCUUAGAAAGAUGCAGCAGAAACUGUGUAGUUCCAGAACAGUGUAACAAAACAUCCGGGGAAUGUGAGGGAGGCUGUCAACCAGGAUGGAGAAGGAUUCUAUGUGAUACAAAAUGUGUUGAUAACCAGUACGGACAAGACUGUAAUCAGACGUGCGGAAAAUGUCGAGAGGGCAAGCAGUGUCAUCACGUCAGCGGUUCCUGUAAUGCUGACUGUGAACCUGGAUACCGGGGCAACAAAUGUGAUGAGGUCUGCGAGUUUGGCCAUUUUGGUGCUAGUUGUAAAGAAGAAUGCAGCGUAUUCUGUGGGAAAUCACGUGAUUGUCAUCAUGUGACGGGCUAUUGCAGAUCGGGUUGCAGAACUGGAUGGCGUGGAAAUGAUUGUUUAGAAGUCGAUACUCAACAACAGGGCACAGCGUGCGACAGAAACUGCGAGACCAGAUUCUAUGGUGUCUUAUGUGCCUUUUGUGUUAUCGUGGUUCUAAAUGGGGUGUAUGGUCUCUACAAAAUCAUGGAAUGGAAGAAGAAGAAGAGAUUAGACAAAAAUAAGAAAUAUCGUGCGAGUGACUCCACCAUUUGCACCAAAGACACAGUCUUACAAGUCCGUAAAGAUGAAAAUGUCAACAGCGCAUAUCAAGAGCUUGGAGAAUUGAGUCCCUCUUCAACAUAUGACACCAUUCGUUAGAGAGAUAUAGUGUUUGCAUAUGAUUUUGCUACGACAUGGUUAUCAACAUAUUUUUCAUCACGAUACCAUAAGGUUGCAGUGUUCAACGCCUCCGAUAUAGCAAUUUUCUAAACACACACUCUUCUAAAAUAAAAAAGAAUAAAUAAAAAGUACGAGUAAAUAGUUGUUACCAUGGUCUCUAGCCCUUUCUAUCCGUCCGUUUGUUAUGCGUUCUUUUUCUUCCAACUUCUUAUAUUUUAAGGAGUAACCAAAUUUGUUUAGAUAUGAUAGGUUAUUCUUUAUAUAUGUGCAAGAAAAUGUUGAUCCUUUUAUUUUCACCAUAGGGGCCAAAUGGAGUUUGAAAAUUUGCGAGAAAAGGUAUCCAAAAUUAUAUUUUACUGAAUAGGCAAAUUAUCAUUUGAAAGAUGGUUGGUUGAUUGAUUGAUUGCGGUUUUAUGCGGCUUUGGGCAAUAUGUCAGCCAUUUCAUGAGAGUAUAAAGAUAAUUGGUGAUGUUCUGUAGAUUUCUAAAAAUCAUUUUAGAUUUUGUCCUGGAAGCUAACUGGAGGUAAGACUAAAAUGAUUUCUUUCGACAAUAAAAGCCAUGGUUCCCAGAAUUACUCUUACAUUUUACUUAGUAACAAAACCAUCAUGUUGG